CUGGAACUGGAGAAGAUGGAAAAAGGAUAUGGGGAUGAUGAGAAGGGGGUUAAGGGGUACAACUUGAAGUGGAAGAAAAGUGCGCGGAAAACGGGCAGGAGGAUUCAAAAGAGGUUGGGUGAAAUCAUGGCCGAGUAUGAGCUGAAGAUCAAGGAGUGCUCGAUGGUCCUUGACGGCAUGGCGCUGAGCGCGCAGUUGUCGUGGAAUCAGAUCGGCUACCAGGACACCCAGGCAAACCUCAAAAUUGCAAGCGACACACGCCAGGACUCGAAUCAGAUGCGGUCGAUAGCGUUUCUGACCAUGUUCUUUCUUCCUGCGACUUUCAUAGCGUCUCUCUUUUCCAUGACAUUUUUCAACUGGAGUGCCGCCGAUGGGGAGCAAAUUGUCUCACCCUAUCUCUGGAUCUACCCCGUGCUCACCGUCACCAUCACAGCAAUUGUUAUCGCAUGCUGGUAUUUCUUUAUCAGGCGGCGUCGUGCUCAAGCUUCUGACACGGGCUGGGUUGAAAAGGAGCCAGUAUGACGGUAUGCGAAGAGAGAGUGAACCAACUGCAUUCCAUACACGCAUAUUAUGAUACAAUGCUGCCAGAAGCUCUAGAUGUCAUUAUGAGAGAGAGGGACACCUCACUGUUCGACGGGAUUCCCCGAUAAACUUCGCUCGUGGCCCAACUCUAAGCCAGUCGAUGCCCAAUACGUGGCCGCGAGCCUGCCAUUGCCCUGCGCGAACUCAAUGAGUGGAAAUGAUGGCAGGGGUUGGGGGCCCGGGUUAUACGCGGUUUGCUGCUCAUCUUGCUGUUUCUAAUGCGCCUUCAUGCUCCCGUCGGUUAUUCACAUGCAGAGGAAAAUGUUUUCGUCCGCCAGCAUUCUCCCGGGCCCGGGUUGCACAGAACUAUGGCCC